AUCUGGAUGUUCCAUUAUGGCCGUGACACUUAUGAGCACUUGCUGUAUGCCAGGCUGUGCUGAACGUUUGACGUUUCAUUCAUCGCAUCUUCACACCCAGCCUAUGAGGUGGGCGCUGGUUUUAUUCCCAAUUUACUGAUGAGGAAACUGAGGCACUGAGAGGGUAACUCACUUGCCCAAGAGCAUCCAGCUCAUACCUGUAGGUGCCAGGAUUCAAUCCCAGGUUGGCUGAACGCUAAAACCUCUGCUCUUAAAUCCUCAGCCCAGUAUCUCCUCCCACUUGGCUUUACGAAGCACCUGCUCUGUGCAUCCCGUGGGCGGUAGACUGUACAGAGUUGACAAGAAGAUGAUAGUGGGUUUGUCUUGAAGAGGCUUAGAGGAUGGGGAAGGGGAGGCAGCUAACCAUUUCUUGAGCACCUACUAUGUGCCAGGAAAGAUGCCAGGUGCUUUACACAGCCGUCUUGAUUAACUCUACAACAAUCUCACGAGAAAGGUGAGACCCUUUCCACGUGGCAGCCCAGGCCUGGGCUCUCAGGAGCCUGUCUUCUUCUUUCCCAAAUGGCCUCUAGCAGGUCACACUCCUCUGGGCCACAUUUCCCCCUCUGGUUCCUUGACAGGAACUGCCCUAGGAGACCUCAAACCCUCUGCCAGUUACAGGUCAAAGCUUCUCAGAACAACAGGAGGUAGCCAGGCCAUUUGGAAAGUAUGGAGACUGUGGCCACAACUCCAGGCAAAUUGCAGGGCCAGACGCUGGAUAUUGGAUAGGUGACAGAGCUAGCUCCCUGGAGGCCUGGCUGGCACAGUCCAUAGCCUUUGUAACCCCCCUGGGAGCCUGGGGAGGGGCGUCUGGGAAUGUGGCUUCCUGCUCAGCUCCGGAAGUUGGGCCAAGAUGGCUGGUGGUGGUUUGGUUGGCAUCCCAGGUGGCCCUAGGACAAGGCCCCCAGGUUCCAUCAAGGGUCCCUGGGGGCUGGAUAGCCUAUCUGAGGUCUCUUUUUAAGAAGAAAAGAUUUCGCCACAAGCUCCCACCUAGGUGAGUGGGGGCGGGGAGAGGCAGGACACCUGUCUUGAAGUAGCAGUCGCAUAACAAGUACCAUUUUCCCCUCCUGAGGAUCUGGGGUAACUGAUAAAGAUUAUGGGAGGGCUUUAACUACUCCCUCAGGGCUACCACUGCUCUGGAAUCAAUGGUGCAUCACCCCUCAUACCCUGUUGAAGGAUGUUGCAAUACUUCUAAGCCUUGGGGCCAGCCGUGCUAGGCCCAUUUCCCAGACAGGGUAACUGAGGCCCAGACUUUGGAAGGACUCACCAGAUGGAGGCCAGCCAGGGAAAGAGUUCCAGGGAUCUGAAUUCCUCACCAGCCUGGCUGGGGUGCUGGGUGGGAAGUCAAGGAGGGAGAUGGGGAAGCAGAUCACGGGGCUACUCCUGUGGCUGGGCAGGGCCCUUCCGGAAUUGCCAGUCUGGGCGUUGACUCCUGAAAUCAGUAAGUAGAGCCUUCGCGUUGGUGCCCAGCCCUGGGUUGACCUGACCGGAAAGAGUCCCUUCUGAGAACUCUUAGACAGGUAAACAACAAACUCAUGGGGAGAGAUAGUGUGUGUGUAUCUGUCCGGGACAGGCCUUUCCAGUCACAUUAUCACAUUUAAAACUCGAAAACUGUGCAAACCUGGAGCUGUGGGAGCAGAGAAAAAGGGGAGAAAACCUCUGCCUGGCAUGGGAGGACAUCCCGGAAGACUUCCUUGGAGAGGUGAUAUUUGAACUAUGCCUUGAAGAACAAUAAUAAUAAUAGCAAACACUUUCUGAAAACUUCUUAUGUGCCUGUCCGUGUUCUGAGAUCUGUAUCUGCUUCCUUCAUAUCUGUUUUAUCUCAUCUAAUUCUCUCAAAACCCUGUGAGCGAGAUACUAUAAUAACAUAUGAACCGAUGAGAAAACCAAACCAGGGCACAGAGAGGUUAAGAGACUUGCCCAAGACCACACAGCUACCAAUGGCAGAGUCAGCAUUCAAAUCCAGAGAGGCAAAUCAAUGACUGACUGUAAGACCUUCCGAGUGCUAUUUAAUCCCUCUGAACCUCAGUUUGUGUAUCCAUACAAGGGGGGGGACUAGUACAAUAGUAAGUAAUGCAUAGAAUUAUUGUGAGGACGAAGGUGAGCUAAUCCUUGUAAAACGCUUAGAACAGUGCCCGGCACACAGUAAGCGUUCAAACAAUUGUAGAUGACUUUUAUCAUUGCCGUGGUGAUCUUCAAGUCCUCCCCUCCCCCUCCGGCCGCGGCUUCCUCCCCCGCAGUGCCAGCCAGUGACGCGGGAUCUGCCACACGCACAGUCUGGGUUUAAUUGGAAACUAAAAGAGAUGGAAGGGGAUGUUCGCGGCCCCUCCCUUGACUCUGAAAAGGACCCCCAGGGAGGGUGUGACUCUCUCUAGCGACGCCUCCCGCCAUCUCCGAUACUGCUCCGGGAUGGGACAACGAGGUCGGACCGAGAAGGCGGCGCCGGGAUGGCGGCGCUGGGAUCCCGGGACAGGGUGCCAGGCUCGCUGUUUGUGACACGUAGACGCCCUCCCCGCCGCGGUACAGCCUCGGAACCUGGACGUCCUCCUGGCCGGAAAGUUUGGGGCUGGGCGCCAUGGCCAAGAGCAGCUCCCUGAAUGUCCGUGUCGUGGAGGGCCGGGCGCUGCCCGCCAAGGACGUGUCUGGGAGCAGUGACCCCUACUGCAUAGUGAAAGUGGACGACGAAGUGGUGGCCAGGACAGCAACCAUCUGGCGAAGCCUGAGCCCCUUCUGGGGGGAGGAGUACACAGUGCACCUGCCCCUGGAUUUCCACCAUCUGGCCUUCUAUGUGCUGGACGAGGAUACCGUGGGGCACGACGACAUCAUAGGCAAGAUCUCACUGAGCAGGGAGGCCAUUACAGCUGACCCCCGAGGAAUUGAUAACUGGAUCAACCUGAGCCAUGUGGACCCUGAUGCAGAGGUGCAGGGUGAGAUCUGCCUGGCCGUGCAGAUGCUGGAGGAUGUGAGGGGCCGUUGUCUUCGCUGUCACGUGCUCCAGGCCAGGGACCUGGCCCCUCGAGACAUCUCCGGCACAUCUGACCCAUUUGCACGUGUGUUUUGGGGCAGCCAGAGCUUGGAGACUUCGACCAUCAAGAAGACUCGCUUCCCACACUGGGAUGAGGUGCUGGAGCUGCGGGAGAUGCCAGGUCCCCCAUCCCCGCUGCGGGUGGAGCUCUGGGACUGGGACAUGGUUGGCAAGAAUGACUUCUUGGGCAUGGUGGAGUUCCCCCCGCAGGUCCUACAGCAGAAUCCGCCCAAUGGCUGGUUCCACCUCCUGCCCUUUCCCAGAGCGGAGGAGGAUUCUGGGGGGAGCCUGGGUGCUCUUCGGCUGAAGGUGCGCCUGACCGAGGACCGCGUCCUGCCCUCCCAGUACUACCAGCCACUCAGGGAGUUGCUCAUGGAGUCUGUGCUGGGGCCAGCAGAGGAAGAUGCUGCCAGCCCCCUGGCUGUCCUGGAGGAGCUGACCUCGGGGGACUGCCGCCAGGAGCUUGCCACCAAGCUGGUGAAGCUCUUUCUUGGCCAGGGCCUGGCUGGGCCCUUUCUGGACUAUCUCACCCGGCGUGAGGUGGCACGGACCACUGACCCCAACACCCUCUUCCGUUCUAACUCCCUGGCAUCCAAGUCAAUGGAACAGUUUCUGAAGCUCGUGGGCAUGCCCUACCUGCACGAGGUCCUGAGGCCAGUGAUUAACCGCGUCUUCGAGGAGAAGAAGUACAUGGAGCUGGACCCGUGCAAGAUGGACCUGGGCCGCACCAGGAGAAUCUCCUUCAAGGGUGCGCCCUCCGAGGAGCACGUGCGGGAGGCCAGCCUGGGACUGCUGACGGGCUACCUGGAGCCCAUCGUGGAUACCAUUGUGGGCUCCGUGGGGCGCUGCCCGCCCGCCAUCCGUCUCGCCUUCAAGCAGCUGCGCCAGUGCGUGGAGGAGCGCUUUCCCCAGGCAGAGCACAAGGAUGUGAAGAACCUGGCCAUAAGUGGCUUUCUCUUCCUGCGAUUCUUCGCUCCUGCCAUCCUCACCCCGAAGCUGUUUGACCUUCGGGACCAGCACGCAGAUCCCCAGACCAGACGCUCACUGCUGCUGCUUGCCAAGGCUGUGCAGAGCAUUGGAAACCUGGGCCAGCAGCUGGGCCAGGGCAAGGAGCUGUGGAUGGCUCCCCUACACCCCUUCCUGCUGCAGAGUAUUUCACGUGUGAGAGACUUCCUGGACCAGCUGGUGGAUGUGGAUGGGAAGGAGGAGCCUGGGGGCCCAGCCAGGGCCCUGGUCCCGCCCUCGGUGACCGUUCGAGAAGGCUACCUGCUCAAGCGCAAGGAAGAGCCCGCCGGCCUGGCCACACGCUUUGCGUUCAAGAAGCGCUACUUCCGGCUCAGCGGGGAGAUGCUCUCCUACUCUAGGAGUCCUGAGUGUCAGACGCGAUCCUCCAUGCCGGUGUCGCACAUCCGCGCCGUGGAGCGCGUGGACGAGGGCGCCUUCCAGCUGCCGCACGUGAUGCAGGUGGUGACGCAGGACGGCGCGGGAGCGCUGCACACCACCUACCUCCAGUGCAAGAACGUGAACGAGCUCAACCAGUGGCUAUCGGCCCUGCGCAAGGCCAGCGCCCCCAAUCCGGACAAGCUGGCCGCUUGGCACCCCGGUGCGUUCCGCAGCGCGCACUGGACCUGCUGCCUCCAGGCCGAGCGCUCAGCUGCCGGUUGCAGCCGCACACACUCAGCCGUCACCCUGGGGGACUGGAGUGACCCGCUGGAUCCCGACGCUGAGACCCAAAUGGUGUAUCGGCAGUUGCUUCUAGGGCGGGACCGGCUCAGGAUGAAAUUCCUGGAGGAUUCCACCCUGGAUACGACUCCCGAGGCAGACACAGAGAAGGGCUCCAGUGCCACAGAAGGGGCCUGUCCUGCUGCCCUGGCUCACCAGAGAGAGGCAGCUGCCCGUCUGCUGGAGGUGCUCGCAGACCUGAAUCAAGCCCACGAGGAGUUCCAGCCUCAGGAGCAGCGGAAGGUGGCCCCGGGCCCCCUGAGGCCCUGAGGACACGCCAGAGCCAGCCUGAAAGGAGGCGAAAAGAGCCGGUGGGCCCUUCUCAGCGUCCCCUGGCCCAGGAGUCUCCUCGUGGCUGUCUGGUACCUCGUGGCUGCUGUGGCUUGCAGGCUCCUGGAGAUAUCCUAAUCCCAUGUGUCCUAAGCUGAGAACCCAGGCAUGGAAACCCUUUGGCAGGGGACCAUCCUUGCACUGAAUGAGCCUUACCCUCUGGGUUGAGGCACUCUGGAGUGGAUGGAAUAAGGAACCUGACCCACUUGUCUCAGCCUGAGGUUUCUGCUUCACAGGACUGGCCUCUACCCACACUGACAUGGCCAGCCUGGCCCUGAGCUGCUGGAUACGGCUGUACCUGAAUCCCUGAUGCCCAUGUGGCCUUGUUGGCCCAGAUAGGCACUAAACAGGCUCAGCCCUUCUGUUUUCAUGUCUGCCAAUCCCUGUAGCCACAUUGAUCCUCCUGAACCCUGUCCUUGGCCGAGAAUCCUAACCACAAGCCUCCAGAAUCAGGUGCCCUCAGGAAUAACUGAGGCCGAGAGCCCAGCGUGCGUGACUCAGACCCUUGGGAGACUUUGGGCCAGGCCCUUUCCCUCUCUUUGAGCCUCAGUUUACCCUGUAUAAAAUGAGGAGGGAGUGAGUCUAGAUGUGUGGUUUUCAAAAUGGGUUCCAUGGGGAUAGCGUGGGAGCCAGGGAGGGAUUUCUCAGACUGUGGUUCAAAGCCCACCCUCAGGUUGUCUGCUAGAAAUGCAGAUUCCUGGGACCGCCCCCAGAUCUUCUGAAUCAGCAUCUGAGGGAGCGUGAGGGCAGGAAUCAGGGUUUGAAACAGGUUCCACAGGUGAUGUGGUUGUACAUGAGAUUUGAGGACCAUGGGGCUGGGUGGUUUUGUACAUUGAGGUGAGAUUUUGUUUGAGAAUUAAUCACAGAAGGUAAAGUGUUUGGGAACACCCAACUGGCAGAAUUGGAAGGGCCUCCAAAGACUCAUUUCCAGUUUUGUGUGACUAGAGGGUAGGACAGAAACCUAAGCCUAUCUGGCUGGGGGAGUGGGGUGUGGUGGCGGUAACAUGGACCAGAUGCAGUGCUAUCCUGAGCGUGGCCGGAAGGGGUCGCCUGGAGCCGUGGCGUCCACCACAGCUUCCUAGCAUCCUGGGAUGUUGCAGAGACUGACAGGAGACUUGCGGCAGAUCCCGGGAUACGUCCCUGUCUCUCCCUAGACAGAACCUGGUCCUCCUCCCUGAGGGCAGAGGCUGGGGCGCUGAGGUUCCAACGAGCCGAUCACGGCGUCUCCCAGCUCCUCCAUAUUUUCCAGGAGGCUGGCAGCUCCCAGCCUGAGUUCCUGGUUCCUAGUAAUUGUACCAGGGAGCAGCUGUGUGCAUUGCCGUGCGCGUGCUUGAGAGCAGAGCUUUCACCUGUGCCCUCUUGGGGACUAGGAUUGGGAGGGUCUGCCUCUGCCACCAUCACACCCCCUGCCUGCCCCAGGACAAGAGAAGUAUGGGGACCCUCCAUCUCCAGCUGCCCAAGGCUGACGGGGC